AUGGGUCUUUCAAAUCAUCAAAGGAACAAUAUCAGCACAGGCAUUAAUUAUGCAUCUGGUGGAUCUGGUAUUCUGCCAGACACCAACAACGAUACAUCUUUGACCAUGGAAAGACAAAUUAUGUUGUUCCAUAGGACUGUUAAGCAUAAUUUGCCUAAGAUGUUCACUGAGAAAGAAAAAUUGGAGAAGCAUAUAUCUGAAUCCUUGUUUUUUGUCUCUACUGGGGUGAAUGAUUACUUCAAAAAUGGAACCUUCCGCGGCAACAGAAACUUUUCUUGGCUCCUGAUAAAAGAAAUCUCCGUCCACAUCAUGAAAAUGUAUAACCUAGGAGCAAGAAAAUUUUUGGUGAACAACAUUCCCCCAGCAGGUUGCUCUCCAACAAAAGCUAUCCACACAAGACCAAUGGGAAAAUGUGAUGAGAAUAUAAACAAAGUGAUCAACUUUUACAAUACUGGGUUGCCUGAAGCACUCCAUGAGCUCCAAUAUCUGCUUCCUGGCUUCACCUUUAUACAUUCAGAUCUCUAUGGGUUCAUUAAGAAGAUGAGGGAAAUAGGAAGUAAUUAUGGGAUAGCGGAAACAUGGAAACCUUGUUGCCCCAAUACGAUUCAUGGUGAUCUCAAGUGCCAUCCCUACACUAUUCCUGCUAUGUAUAUUUUUGGUGAUUCCUUGGUUGAUUCUGGAAACAACAAUCGUCUUGGCUUAAAAGGUGCAGCAAAUUUUUUUCCAUUUGGCAUAGACUUUGGUGGCAAAUCUACUGGUCGAUACACUAAUGGAAAAACUGUGGUUGAUCAUCUUGGUCUUUCAAAUCAGCAAAGGAACAAAAUCAGCACAGGUGUUAAUUAUGCAUCUGGGGGUUCUGGAAUUCUUCCAGACACAUCUAACACUACGGCUCUGACACUUGACAGUCAAAUCAAGUUCUUCAAGAGUACUGUUCAGCACAACUUGGCAAAGCUGUUGAAUGAUGAAAAAGAAGUGGAGAAGCAUAUCUCUGAAUCGUUGUUUGUUGUAUCUACUGGGGUGAAUGAUUACUUCAAUAAUGGAACCUUCCGUGGCAACAGAAAACUUGCUUUGCACAUGCUAAGUGAAUUCUCCGUACGCAUCCAGAGAAUGUACAGUCUAGGAGCAAGAAAAUUUUUCGUAAACAACAUUGCCCCAGCAGGUUGCUUUCCAUCAAUUUCUGUUCGCACAAGACCAAAAGGAAAAUGUGAUAAGAAAAUAAACAAGCCAAUCACCUUUUACAAUACGAGGUUGCCCAAAGUACUCCAUGAGCUGCAGUCCAAGCUUCCUGGUUUCACCUUUAUACAUUCAGAUCUCUACGGAUUCCUUAUGAACCUGAGAGAAAAUGCAAAGAGUUAUGGUAAGAAAAAAACCAAAUGGUUAAUCAGAUUUAUAUAUGGAUCGUGGAAACAUGGAAAUCUUGCUGCCCCAAUACCAUCUAUGGUGAGAUGA